CUUAAGCGUGGUAAAAUAUAAUAAACACACCAUUACUGUUCUGAUUACAGGCCCAGUAUUGCUGUAUUGUAGUGUAUUUUUUUAAACUAGGGUAUUAAAGGAUAUUUUCACAUGUGCUAAAUGAAGGUCUGUAUUGGCAAGUGAAAUUUAUUUGACAGGUACGUUUUAUUUACUAUGGAAUAAACAACAAUUACCAUACAUUAACCUUCACUCUCUCCUAGCCCAUCUGCCUCUCUUAAAAAACAUCACGAGCCCCGUUUUUCAAAUAAUCAUAAAACAAUUUAUAGCCGGUCUGAAACCAUCUGACACAAAACUGAAUAAUGCUUUUUAAAAUUAACACUAUUAUGUUAUAAAGCAUGGAAAAAAGCUGAAUUCUGCCCUCAGUAGAUAAUGGCACAGAGAUCCACCGUAAAGAAAAAUGUAUUGUUUCAGCCUCAUUCAAAAUGUGGAUCUGGUGUCAUUUCCCCACACAACCAUCUCUAACUGUUACAGAAGAUUUUUUAAAAAGAGAAAAUAUCCAGUGAGCAUCUUCUCUCUGAACAAAAUGAAGUGCGUGGGGACCAGAGGAGCACAUCUGGUGUCACUCCUGUCAGCUAGGAACAGAAAACUGAGGCUACACCUCACACACGCUCACUGAAAUUAGACAACAGAUGAUUGCAAAAGCAUUUCCUGGUCAGAUGAGUCUCAAAUGCCGCAGUCUACCUGAGCAUUACUACUGACCAUGUCCAUUUCUUUAUGACCACAGUGUACUCAUCUUCUAAUGAUUGCUUCCAGCACGAUAACACGCCAUGUAGCAAAACUCAAAACAUCUGAAACUGGUUUCUUGAACAUGACAAUUAGUUCUCUUUACUCAAAUGGCCUCCACAGCCACCAGCUCGCAAUCCAGUCGAGCGCUGUCAGGAUGUCGACGUAUAGGAGAUUCUCAUCAUGGAUGUGAAACCAUCAAAUCUGCAGCAACAUAAUGUUAUUAUGUUGAUAUGGACCAAAAUCUACCUUGUUGACUCUGGAAUGAAGAAAUAAAGUCGAUCACAGGUGUACCUAACAAAGUGACUUGUGAACAUACAUUAAAAACACUUCAAGCAUAAAAUCUAAAUGACAAAAGUCUUUAUUAAUUUAGAAUCAGCCUCUUUUGGGUCAAAAUGAUGCUUUCACUGUUGGAAGAUACCAAUAAAUCUAUUUGACGCCGUUUCUAGUGAGCAGGCCUGGUGGGGCGACACUGACCUCUAGUGGAUAGAAGUUGUAACACAAAGCUAUAAAGUCAUUAAGAGGCCCAAGGCCCCAUGUUUUGGACUAGCGGGAACAGUGUUUCUUUAUAGCUUUGAUAGGCUUUAUUCUCUUUAUAUCAUUUUAUUUUCAGGGGAAAAAAUUAUUCAGGUUUAGGCAAAAAUCUUCAAGUAGGCUUUGUGUAAAUACCAGAAGUACAUAAUCUGGGCCAGGUUUACUAUUAAAACCAUGGGCAAUGAAUCAUCUACAAAAAUAAUAAUAAAGUAAUUUGGUGAAAAUAUAUCAAACCCAUGAAUUAUUGCAAUCGAUAAAUAAACAACCGUAGCACCAUAAAUGCAAUGAUAAAUUAAAUUUUUAGGGCGUUGUUAUGUCAUAAAACCUUCUUGUACUUUUAUCCAUUUAUCUACUCAUUCAUUCAUGCAUUUUACCUCCUCAUGUGAGUCUGGCUCUUGUGAAGUCAGGAAUGGUCUGGAGUUGUCAGACGUUUCUAGAAGGCAGAGCACAGGUGCUAUAUCUGGCACUGCAGACCCCCAACAGACCGCUCACAUAUCAUAAAAGCAGAGGAGCAGCAGCAGAGGAAGCAGCUGAAAAGCGUCUGUGUCACACUCAUUUGCUCGAUUCAAGAUGACGGAAACUGAGAGGGCUGUUCAGCAGAAGAAGGGUAAAGGCAUGACUUUCCGGUCUCAAAAAGAGAUGUUUGAGAAGAUGGAGGAAUCUUUCAAAAUCUGUGCUUAUUGUGAAAAGCGACCAAAUGAACUUUCCAACCCACAGAACCUAAAGCGUUGCUCCAGGUGUCUGAAUGCUUACUACUGCUGUAAAGAGUGUCAGAAGGAAGACUGGCCCAAGCACAAGACGUUUUGCUCACAGCUGCGACUGGCUGCCAUCGACAGAGUCGUGGAGUGGCUUGUGUUUAAAGGAGACCUUCCAUUUCCUACAGAAAAAUGGUCCAAGCCCCAGUCUGAGGUCAAGGGUUUCGACGACUGGCUCGCCAUGCAGGGAGACCUCACGGCACGCCUCGAUCCCAUUUUAAAUGGAAAAAACAUGAACGACUUGUGGACCAACGCUGGUCGGCCUCGGCCAGAUGAUGACGAUGUGAAGCAGUCGCUGUGGAGGGUUUGCAGCGAGUUCUUCUCCAGGCCGCUGACAAUAGCCUGGGGGAUGAGACUGUUCGGACUAAACCCUUUAUCCAAACCUCUCACCAUUCACCUGGUGGGAGCAGGCCACACUGAGACUCUGUCAGCCAGACUGACCGACUACGAUGAGCUGAACAACAUGUUCCCCGGACACCAGGGGAUCGAAAUAGUCAUGGUGGGGCCCGAGGUGGUGGACGGCCCUGUCGUGAGGCCUCCCCUCAGAGCUUUUGGACCCAAACAGAGAGUCUACAUCAGCGCCUACAAAGGCCUCUACCAUCAGUUCUGGGAGGAGCUGGUGGAGAAAGAGGAGGCAGCCAAGCCAGAUCUGGUGGUUGGAUUUCAUCCUGGAUUUGAUGCCAGCCAAGGUCUGGACGAGGGUUGGCUGCCAACUCUCCUGCUUCUCAGAGAUUAUGAAAUUCCUUCUCUCUUCACUGCUCUCACUGAGACAGAGAUGACCUACUCUUUGCAAAUUCUGCUGGAGCUGGAAAUGGACAUGAAAGGAAGUGGAGCCAGCCCUUUUGCAUCACUAAAGCCAGAAGUUGUGGACUCAUGUGCCAACAAACCUCCGGUCUACUGCAACUCCCACUACUUCUGUUUUCAGGGUCUGCUGGAGACGGUGGAGUUUGAGGAACCAGAGGAUGCCUGAAUAAGGCAGCGUGCUGACUCUUACAGCUCUGGGACUGUAAAGUUUUGUUUAGUUUUGUUUAGUUAAAAAAAUACUACUUAAUGUGUACAUUUGCUUAAUAGGCUCUGCCUGAUGGCUACUUACUAUGCAAUGUCCCUGCUGCAUUUGCAUUCUCACUAUCUCAGUUUGAGCGCAUUCAGCAGCCACGAUGGUGAGAUUUGAAUAUACUGCCCGAGAUGUAUUAUUGUGUGUACAGGGUAAAAUGUUAUAGUAAUAGUUUGCUGUCUUCUGUGGGUUUAAUCUUUUAUGAGCAAAUAUGGCCUCUUUUUCAUCUGCUGUUACAAUAACCAUGAUGUGAUAAAAGUAACUUUUCAUUAA